CUAAUAUAGGUCGAGGUUUCGAGGAUAGAUCAUUUCAAACGUGCCGCCACCUUUGAAGAGAAGUAAACAUGAAGACUCUCACCGUGGGACUACUGCUGCUGUUCGCCGUCUGCUGCUGCGAUGCAAUGCCUCAGGGACCAAAUGCCCUGAAGCCCGGGAAGUGCUGCUUUCACUUCUUCAUGGGCAGGAUUCCCGUCGGAGAGAUUCGGUCCAUUGCCAAAACUCACGAGAGCUGCUCCAAACGAGGAUUUGUGAUCAACACCCCGCGAGGAAACUUCUGCGUGAACGUGGAUCAGAAAUGGGCCAUCAAGGCUUUCCUGAAAACUCCGAAACAAGUCGCCACGUCCACUUCGCUUCCGGUGUGAACAGCACGAAGAACGUCACUCUGCAGUGUCACAGCAAGGUUCAAAUCUUUGUUCAUCACUGAGGAAACAAACCAGCUGACAGAUUUUGACUGUAUUCUUACAUAUAUCCUAAACAUGUAUUAUUUUACUUUGUAUGGAACUUACACAUAAAUAUAUAUUACUGUGCUACUUCUGAUACUUUACUAUUAAAGCUUUAUUUCACAAGAA